CAGCAGCUCAAGGUACCCGGGAUCGACGAGGAGAAGGCAGAUUCCAAGGCACUUGUCAAGACAGCCUUGAGUUGUGAAAGCACGGGCAGCUGGCUUUUGGUCAUCGACAACGCUGAUGACAUAAAGCUCUUUGGCGACAUGGACCUCGGCGACUAUCUUCCAUUCAGCCGGAAAGGGUCUAUUCUGUUCACAACGCGAAAUCACGAAGUUGCGGUAGAGCUAGUCGAGUCUGAGCGUCGCAUCAUUCCAGUUGAAGAAAUGAGCAGAGACGAAGCCCUUGAGCUGUUGCAGAAAGGGUUGAAGGGGGAUCAGAUAGGCGAUGUGGCAAGCACUGACGCGCUGCUGGAAUUUCUUUGCAAUCUCCCCCUAGCAAUACGGCAGGCCUCUGCUUAUAUGGGCAAGAAGCAGAUUUCGACUACACAAUACCUUGAGCUAUGCAACUCCAGUGACGAGGAUAUGAUCGAGCUGUUAAGCCGGGACUUUGAGGACCGACAUCGAUAUAAGGACAUCCAAAACCCUGUCGCCACAACUUGGCUGAUUUCGUUCCAGCACAUCUCGGAGCACGACCCGCUGGCAGCCAAUUACCUCAGGUUUAUGUGCUUCCUAGCUGGGAAGGAUAUUCCGCAAGCUCUGCUGCCGCCGUCCGGGAGGCUAAAGACUAUUGACGCACUUGGGACUCUAAAGGCAUAUGCAUUCAUCUCACAGCACAAGGAGUCAGAUACUUACAACAUCCAUCGGCUAGUUCAAAUAUCGAUGCUCUCUUGGUUAGCUCAAAGUGGAGAGCAGGGGGAAUGGGCCGCCAAAGUGUUACAACGGCUUGCAUACGUGUUUCCUUUUCCAAACCACGAAAACAGAGAAGAAUGGAUACGGUAUCUUCCGCAUACACAGCGCGCUCUUGAGUUGCGGAAGGGUACAGAAGACGGGGACGCACUGACUAGUCUUCUAUCUAGGGUAGGUGAGAGUUUUCACCAGUUAGGAAAAUAUGAAGGUGCGGAACGGAUGCAUCGGCAGGCAUUGAAGUUGAGGGAAAAUGUGUUGGGCAAGGAGCAUCCAGACACACUUACCAGCAUGAACAACCUUGCGAGUGUACUUGACAGCCAGGGGAAGUACAAGGAGGCCGAGCGGAUACACCGGCAGACGCUAGAUCUGAGGGUUCUAGGAGAUGAGCAUCCCAACACGCUGACCAGCAUAGGCAACCUGGCGUCGAUGUACCGGAACCAAGGCCGGUAG